UUGAGUCCUAAACUAACCAUGCAUGCAAACAAACACAAAUCAACCAAAAUCAAGUUAAGCAAUUCAAUCAUGGAUAAAGAAGGAUCAAGAGGAAGCGUCAAGGACGACGGUGGACAUGUUAAGUAUCGAGGCGUCCGAUGCCGUCCAUGGGGGAAAUUUGCGGCGGAGAUUCGUGACUCAACAAGACAAGGUCAAAGGAUGUGGUUGGGAACUUUCAACACUGCUGAAGAAGCCGCUAGAGCUUAUGAUAGAGCUGCUUAUUCUAUGAGAGGUUCAUUUGCAAUUCUUAAUUUCCCUAAUGAAUACCCUAUGUCGGUUAAUGCAGCAGGUUCUAGUGCCACUUCUGCUUCAUCUUCUUCCUCUUCGAGUCAUGCAAAUGUGGAAGGCAGAGGAAGACAAGUGUUUGAGUUUGAGUAUUUGGAUGAUAAGUUGUUGGAUGAGCUUCUUGAUUUUGAAAAGAAAAAUAAUAAGGGACCUUGAUAAGCUAAUAUACUAGCUACUAUUAUGUAAUGUUAUUCAUUAAGAUAAUGUUUACUAGUUUUAUAAACUAGUAACUAUGCGCAUGUGUGUAAUUCACCAAAUUAAUUAAAUGAUAGGGUGAUUUAAAGUGAGUCUAUAUCAUAACUAUGUUUAUGAAUAUUGGUGCAAAUAUUCAUGUAACUUUGAACUAUUAUAGUGCAUUCAUUCAAGUAGUUAAGGGCUUGUCUGCAUGUGUACUGGCCAUGUCCUUGUUAAAUUAUUGAAAUUUGUGUUUUUAGAUCAAGCAUUGUCCUCCUUCUUCA